GUUCAGUCCUAUUCAGACUUCGUAUUAGGCAGGUACAUUAAAAAUUAGACGGUGAAAUUUUCAUACACUAAUAAAAAUGUGACAGUAUUUGCGUUGCUAACGUGAAGUCACGUCGCUGUCAACGAAAGUCGCUAUAGUUUCACAAAAAGAAAUUCAACGCGAAUCAGAAAUGUCACAAAUCUACAAUGUGGUGGUUAUGCACGUUAUUUUUUUAGUAUUGUGUAUAUUAGGGGUUGGCGGUAAGCCUUCGUUUACUUUUGAUUUUCCGACAUUGUCUUCUCUUAAUACUAAUGGGAGGGAAAUUAAAUUAAAACGUUAUUCUGGAGCGCGUGUGGACAAGGAUUCUUUAAGGAUGGUUUAUGUGAACGAUCAAACUGUAGCUGUGGUGGAAUUGGGGCCUAAAAAAUUACUACUUAACUGUGAACUUAUCGAAAUUUUAGAAGAAGAACAAAUUUCAGAGGUACUAGGUGAGUUCAAAUCAUCUGCUCGACCAAUGCCGAUAUCUUUCGAUGAAAUGAGAACACUAAUGAACCAAUGCAUGCAGCUACAAUCAAGAAAAUAUCUUAAAAGUCACAGGGAACUGCAUAAAAACAGUACCAAUCGGGCGCAAGAAAGAGCCCUAAAAAAUCCUUUCACCCUUCUCAACGGUAUAAUACCAGGUACCAAAUGGUGCGGUACCGGAGACAUUGCACGUGACUAUUUUGAUUUGGGCGCCGAAUCAACGGUGGAUAUGUGUUGUCGGGCACACGAUUUAUGCCCUAUAAAAAUAAGAGCUUAUUCCCAAAAAUACAAUUUAACAAAUAACUCCCUAUACACCAAAUCUCAUUGUAGUUGCGACGAUGAUUUUUUUGAUUGUCUAAAAAAAUCUAAAGGUUCCGCAACCGCCAAUAUUAUGGGAAACAUUUAUUUCAAUCUAGUUCAAGUGCCGUGUCUGGAAGGUUUCUAUAAUGAUAUACGAUUUAGAAGUGCCAGAAAAAACUUUUGAAAUAUUUGAAAAAUAUGAUUGUUACAAAUAUAAAUUUUGACAAAAGAUUAUCAAGAUUACACUUUGUUAUUUUAAUUGGUAUGUGUUCUAAUUACAAUCGAUUACUCUAGAAUCAAAAAAUGUGCCAUAAGUAAUCAAAAACUACGUCAAAAACUUUUGAUACAUGGUCGCAGAUUUUCUACAUAAAUCAUUAACACUACCAUUAUCUUAUAAAAGUACAAUACUCUAACCUUAACUUUCAAAUUUUAUUUAUCACCUUGUAUAUAUUUGGAACAUUCAUAUUUAUUAUUGAUAAAACACUUUUUUAAUUUGAAAAAAUUGUGAUUUUAUCUUUAUUUUAUGAUUUUAAUUUAAUAAAAGAUAAUUAUCUACAAA